AGACGAGUCGCAGUGAAGGUGCGAGUUUCUUGUAUCAAUGCGCAGUGGGAAGUAGAUCCGGCUGGGACAGGUUCGCAAGUGGAGCGGAGGGGAAUCAGAGAGGGGGACCAGAAAGGCGCACGGUACCACAGCCAGGACCACUUUGGAGGCUCUGCAACAAGAAGACGGGACAACCAGCGUGUCCCUCCGUUUUCCACGUCCACGCAGCGCAGACAAGUGGGGUGCGGGAGGCGAUGACACCCCAGUAGUGCACUUUUUCCCCAGUCUUUAAUGCAGGCGGAUCCCUUUCGAUCCCCUUCUGCUGUACGUUCAAGAUGAGCAAAGACUCGAAGCUGGCUGUGGUCCUGCUGCUCGUCGCCCUGUGCGUCGCGGUGCAGCAGACCGACUCUGCGGCGUGCCAUGGAUGUGUCGGAUCCAAAUGUGACUGCAGCGGCGUCAAAGGAGCAAAGGGUGAGAGGGGUUUCCCAGGACUCACCGGACAACCAGGAGUGCCAGGGUUCCCGGGACCUGAAGGGCCGAUUGGAGGCCGAGGAGAGAAGGGCAGUGAUGGACCUAUGGGACUACAUGGCCCAAAAGGAAUAAGAGGACCUUCUGGAUUACCAGGAUUUCCAGGAACACCAGGCCUUCCUGGUCACCCAGGGCAGGAUGGACCUCCAGGCCCAAGAGGAACACCAGGCUGCAACGGGACAAAAGGGGAAAGAGGCUUCCCGGGAACGUCAGGAACCCCAGGACAACAAGGACGGGCGGGUCCACCUGGUCUUCCUGGACCCAAGGGCGAUCCAGGUGACGUGAUCUCCACUAAUCGUUUUGGGGAGAAAGGAGCUUUGGGGCUCCCUGGACUGCCAGGAGUUCCCGGUCCUCCAGGACCUCCUGGGUAUCAAGGUCCACUGGGCCCUCCAGGACCGAGAGGCAUUGAGGGUCGACCUGGUCCUCCUGGUCCUCCAGGACCUAAGGGAAACAUGGGCCUGAACUUCCAGGGACCCAAGGGAGAGAAGGGGGAACCUGGCUUACCGGGACCUGCUGGGCCGCCCGGACAAGUCGGGGAACAGAAGAGGCCGACUGAGACAGAGAUCCAGAGAGGAGACAAGGGUGACCCUGGACUUCCCGGCUCCCCAGGUGAUCCAGGCUAUCCAGGACCUCCUGGUUUCCCUGGUGGCCAGAAAGGGGAUAAGGGAGAACCAGGAGAGGCAGGCAAACGCGGAAAACCAGGCAAAGAUGGUGAUCCUGGUUCAUCAGGCUUCCCUGGACUCAAAGGGGAGUCGGGCUUGCCAGGUCCUCCAGGAAGGGAUGGAGAGAGAGGUCUAAAAGGAGACCGUGGAUACCCAGGCCCACCAGGAGUGGUGAUUGGCGGACAGACAGGAGGACAGGUUGGUCCAAAAGGGGAGCCCGGAUUCCCUGGAUCACCUGGCCUCAAAGGAGAGAGAGGACCAUCAGGUUUAACAGGACCUCAAGGGCCGCCAGGAAUUCCAGGUGGUGGUGGUGGUGGUGCACCUGGACCCCCGGGAUUUCCAGGAGAGAGAGGCCAAAAGGGAGAUAAUGGCAGUCCAGGCCUUUCUCUUCCAGGUCCUCCGGGUCGCCCUGGAGGCCCUGGGUUGCCAGGCUCACAAGGACCGCCUGGACCUCCAGGCUUUUCCACUGGAGGACCAAACUGUGUUCCUGGUGAUUCUGGGCGUCCUGGCCUGACGGGAGAGAGGGGUUACCCAGGAGAGGCGGGCCAGAAAGGUGAAAAGGGUGACACCUGUGUCAACUGCUUUAGUGGCACAACUGGCAUCCCUGGACCCCCAGGACCUGCAGGACAGCCUGGUUUCCCAGGAACUCCUGGUAGUAUUGGUAUCAAAGGAGAACGAGGAUUUCCUGGAUCACCUGGCACAACUGGACCACCCGGUACUCCCGGUUCUCAAGGUCCUCCAGGAUUCCCUGGAGAAAAGGGAGACCCAGGCGACGCCAUCUCUGUCCCUGGUGGAAGGGGUGAGAAGGGUGACACUGGAUUUCCUGGAGCGCCUGGUCUUCCAGGAUUAGAUGGUCGGCCUGGUCGGGAUGGGCAGCCUGGUCUUCCGGGGCCCAAAGGAGCUUCAGGAUCUAUACAGGUGAAAGGAGAGCGAGGUCCUAAUGGUGAACCAGGUGCUCCUGGUAUUCCAGGAGACCGGGGUCCCCCAGGACCUCCUGGCUUUGGACCUCAGGGACCUCCUGGAGAAAAGGGUAUCCAGGGUGUUUCAGGAAGACCUGGAGCUCCUGGUGUUCCUGGUGCUAAAGGUGAGCCAGGCUUGACGGUGGCUGAAAAAGGCCUACCAGGUCCCCGAGGUCAGGAUGGUGAACCAGGGCUUCCUGGUGCACCAGGUAACCCAGGUCAGCCUGGCCAGCCUGGUUUCCCUGGAUUACCAGGCGCAAAGGGUGACCCUGGACUGCCUGGUAUUGGACUUCCAGGACCCCCUGGAGUUAAAGGAUUCCCUGGUAUUCCUGGCCAACCAGGAGCUCCGGGAGGACCUGGCCGACCAGGAUUAGACGGCCUCCCCGGACAAGCUGGAUUUCCUGGGGCAAAGGGUGAACCUGGCUUUGGACUCCCAGGUCCUCCAGGUUUACCAGGCGUACCAGGAACUAAAGGUGUACCUGGCCCCAAAGGAGAUUCUGGUUUCCCUGGUGGCCCUGGCUCACCAGGCCGAUCUGGAUUUGAUGGUGCACCAGGAUCUAAAGGUGAACCUGGAACACCUGGUCUCCCCGGUGCUCGUGGCCCACCAGGGACCCCCACAAGUGGCUCACUCGGCCCACCAGGGCCCCCUGGCAUCCCAGGCCCAAUGGGUCCACCUGGAUUCCCAGGAGCCAAUGGAGCAAAGGGAGACCCCGGGGCUCCAGGGUUAGAUAUCCCAGGUCUGCCGGGAGACAGAGGAAGUCCUGGUUUCCCCGGUUCCCCAGGAUCAAUUGGCCCCCCAGGACCCCCCGGAGGGCCUGGACGGGAUGGCCUUCCUGGAUUGCCAGGUCCCAAAGGAGAUAUGGGUACCGUGGGACCUCCCGGACCGUCUGGAGGACCUGGUGGCCCUGGGGGACCCGGUGCUUCUGGACCGAAAGGUGAGCCUGGAUUCCCUGGCAGAGAUGGCGUUCCUGGCUCUCCUGGACCAAAAGGAGAGAGGGGUGACAUUGGUCCUCCUGGAUACAGUCCACCACCUCUAUCCUCGAAAGGUGACAAAGGAGAUCCAGGUGUACCAGGUGCACCAGGUUUUCCAGGUCAAAAGGGCGUCCCUGGUGUUCCCGGUGACCCAGGACUUCCAGGAUCAGAUGGACGGCCAGGACUUCCUGGACCAUCAGGACUAAAGGGAGAUCCUGGCAUCCCAGGAGGCCCUGGUAGUCCUGGAGGUCCAGGACCAAAAGGCAGCAUGGGCGAAAUGGGAUUUCCAGGACCGUCAGGGCAAAAGGGUUUACCAGGCCAGCCAGGUCGCCCCGGAUCUCCAGGACAGCCCGGAGCCCCUGGUUACGGGGGAGCCAAAGGUGAACCAGGUUCUGCUGGAGUUGGACCACCGGGACCAUCUGGAGUCAAGGGUGAACCAGGACAGCCAGGGUUCCCAGGAGGCCCAGGACAAAAAGGAACUCCAGGAUUACCAGGUCUACCAGGAUUACCUGGAGCACCAGGUGGAAAAGGGGACCCUGGUCUCCCUGGAUUUCAAGGUUCUCCUGGUAUUCCUGGUCCAAAGGGUCUUGAUGGUGGGCCCGGUGCCCCUGGCUUGACUGGAGCUCCUGGGAGACCAGGAGAGCCUGGACGAACAGGAGCACCUGGAUUGCCGGGAGAGAAGGGUCAAGCGGGUCGGGACGGGAUCCCAGGGCCGGCUGGAGUCAAGGGAGAGCCAGGACUACCAGGCUAUGGUGAACCAGGACCAGCAGGAUUUCCAGGAUCGCCAGGUGCCAAGGGAGACCCUGGUCUGCCCGGCCCAGUGGGCGCUCCCGGCUUCCCAGGUUCAAAAGGAGAGAGUGGCUUCCCAGGCCUUCCUGGUUCUCCAGGUACUAUCGGCCCUCCAGGACCUGCAGGUCUGGGUCUACAGGGCCCCAAAGGAUUAACUGGACCCCCCGGACCACCAGGAAGAGCAGGUGCGCCUGGCCCGCAGGGUCCUCGUGGCCCCCCAGGAAGUGGCGGCGUGAGGGGAGAGAAAGGCAUUCCCGGUGCUCCUGGUCAGCCAGGCUUCCCCGGACAGAAAGGAGACCCCGGCGUUCCAGGAUUCUCAGGUCCAAGUGGUUCUCCGGGUAUUCCUGGUCCGAAGGGCGACAUUGGUCUGCCUGGCGUUCCCGGAUUCCCUGGAUCCAAAGGAGACCCAGGACUUCCAGGCGCCUCUGGCCUUCCUGGUGAUCCUGGAGAUUUUGGACCUCCAGGCCCUCCUGGUGACCCCGGCGUUCCUCCACCCCCUAACAUCAUAAAGGGAGAACGUGGACCUCCUGGUGGUCCGGGCCAGCCUGGUGCUCGGGGGCUACCUGGCUCCCCUGGACGUGAGGGGCUUUCAGGUGCACCAGGUGAAGCAGGGGAUCCCGGUUCAGAGGGUCCCCCUGGCUUCAGUGGCCCUCCUGGAAGGAAGGGAGACAACGGGCCUGCCGGUCAGCCUGGUCAGCGUGGCUACCCGGGUCCUCCUGGUUCUGAUGGUCCACAGGGUCCUCCCGGUAUACCGGGAUCGGGGUCGGCGGCCCACGGCUUCCUCAUCACCCGACACAGCCAGAUCCAGGAAGUGCCGAGCUGUCCCAUCGGAACCAACCUGAUAUAUGACGGCUACUCCCUACUGUACGUGCAGGGCAACGAGAGAGCGCACGGCCAGGACCUUGGCACGGCGGGCAGCUGUUUACGCCGCUUCAGCACCAUGCCCUUCAUGUUCUGCAACAUCAACAACGUGUGUAACUUCGCCUCCCGUAAUGACUACUCCUACUGGCUAUCCACGCCCGAGCCCAUGCCCAUGUCCAUGGCGCCCAUAACUGGAGAGAGCAUCAAGCCUUUCAUCAGCCGCUGCUCCGUGUGUGAAGCCCCAGCCAUGGUGAUCGCAGUCCACAGUCAAACCAUCCAGAUUCCCAACUGCCCUGCCAACUGGGAGGCUCUGUGGAUAGGCUACUCCUUCAUGAUGCACACAAGCGCCGGCGCUGAAGGCUCCGGCCAGGCUCUGGCCUCCCCUGGCUCCUGUCUGGAGGAGUUCCGCAGCGCUCCCUUCAUCGAGUGCCACGGCAGGGGGACGUGCAACUACUACGGCAACUCCUACAGCUUCUGGCUGGCCACCGUGGACGAAGGCGACAUGUUCAGUAAGCCCCAGUCGGAGACGCUGAAGGCGGGCAACCUGCGGACGCGCGUCAGCCGCUGUGUGGUCUGCAUGAAGAGGACGUAACGGCACACAGCAACUGACAAGCACGCCACCUGCACCUGAGCAGGGACUAGUGGAGACAGCUGACGAUUGGUUGGGGGGGAGGAACAGGGGGGAUCAAGGUGACAGUGGGUGUGGCGGCAGAGGUGGAAUUCCAAUGGUACUACAAAAACAAUGGUGCUACUGUGCAACACAGCUUCAAAAACAUAACAAAGUGACGUAAAUAAACCUUUUUUUGCUUAGUUUUUUCCUAAGAAGUACCUCAAAACGAGAGCAGAAAAAAAUGGUGCCAUUUUUCAUCCCUCUUUUAGCCACGCAACAUACCUGUAGAUGCGCUCAUCCUUUCCUACACACGAGCUUUUAUUUUCGUAUUUUUUUAUCAACAAGGAGGGGUGAAGGAUGCUCUCCAUGGUAACCAAAUCGGCACUUUUGACUUCGGGACAUCCAAGAUGAGAGAUGCACUGACGGCCUUUUUUUUUAAAAUUUAGACAACUUUUCAAUUGUACCUUCCUUCUUUCCCUUGUAUUUCUAUGUCCGUCGUGACAUGUGGUGGUACUAACCCGGCUGCAGCCCGCCCCACUAACUCAUUCUUUCUUUUGUAAGUAAUAAAAUGUGUAUAUUGUGUAAAACACCUUUUAUUUUCAACGUAUUGGGGCCUGACUCGACACCAAGCAUUUUGCAGGUUUAGUUUGCUUUCACUCACUCACAUACAAACAGAUAUUGUACAAAGUAAGGCUUUUAUGAAUGAAAACAGUAUUUUAUAUAUAAUAAAUAUAUAUAUAUAUAUUUCUUUAAAAAAAAAAGGAUAUAAAGGCAUUUGACAGUGGGUGUUUUUACGGUCAUGCAUUUCACCAAAAACUACUGAGCACAUCAAAAGCCAUUCUCCCUGAAACAAAGUGUGUAUGAUAUGAAAUCACUUAAAGCUUUUGUAUUCAAUUUGUAGAAUUAUUAAUAACUGUCGAGCUGAAUUUAAAGUGGGGGGUCGCUUCUAGAUUGUCUGAUGAUCGAGAGGGGAACGUUUCACAUGUUUGUGCAAGCGAGGAUUUCAAUUAAAAGCUUGGCUCCUUGUUGUGGUGUGUUUUGCUUUUUUUAACAUUCCCAGGUGUUGGUCCGCAAAAUCCACUUUUUGCACCAAAAACCUCCAAAUUUAGUGUUCACGCUUGAUGCAGAUUUACACUUAGCAUCUUGGGGUGGUAGGGAGAAAGGCAGGCAAUUGUUCUUCCUGUGUUGUUAUUUUUGCAGAAUUGCUUCCAUGAGUCCUAAUUUUGUCAAGCUGGGGUGCGAUAAAAAUGUAUUUUUGAAAUUUGUUUUGUUUCCAUGUUAUGGUACCCAGAAGUUGUUAUAAGCUGAAGACUGAAAUAAACACAAUGACCAAAGCUAUUGUCCUC